AGUCUGUGGGAGACCAUACAAAUCUGGAGUUUAAAAUAUGACAGUAGGAAUCUUAAAUACCAAAUUACCAAAAUUUGAAAUCUGUAAACAAGAUGUACACAUAGAUUUUGAACACAAGACCCUAUCUUGUUUUGAUUCCCUGGGUAUAAGGUCUAUCUUUUUUUUUUUUGGAUUUAAAUGAUUUAAUUACUUUAGUGCGACCCUUAGAUCGUAUGAUCUUAGGUGCGACCGUACGUUCUAUGGUGCAACUAGUGUUGUUCAGCCUGAUUUACCAUGCGUAGGUUUUAUCCUUAUCAGUUAUUAAAAUACCGCCAAUACUAAACAGCGAAUAGUUGUAGUUUACCCGUGAUGUACAACUUACCUCCAUAGCAGCUGGUAUCAAUUCGAUACCGCCUGGCGCUCAUUCAGCGUACCGGUGUACGGUUGAUAACUCGCAAACUAAAGUUACAAGUUUACAACUCAUCUCGCAAAGUGCAACUGCGAUAAACGUAAAUCGCCAACUCGCAAAUCAGUGUUCCACGUGUUAAUUUGAUUUGUAAGUCAAUGGACUUCGCCAAGCUGAACAAAGUGAUGGGAAGCUGUAUGCUAUGAAACUUAAAUUAAUAGUUCCAUAAUUUUUCAAUUUGCUUUUGUUUUGAUGGUCACUGUAAGGACAGAGAUUGAACAGUUACAUAUUUGAUCAUUUAAAAAAUCUGUCACAUUUGAUUCGCGGUUUUUUCAGAGUGUUUUUACACCCAAUAUAUUGGGUGUAAAAUGUCUGAAAUUGAUAAAACGAUUGUUGUGGGUCAAAUGUCCUCAUAUGAUAUAAAUGGUUGUGGAACUUGUUAAGUUUGGCUUUACCUUAAGACUAAAUAUUAAAACAAGAUAAAUCUCAUAUAAUCAUGGCAGUAGAUUUAAAUGAAGUCAAAAUCAAUGUAAGGAGCCUGUUAACCAGUUCGCAAAAACCACUCAGUAUUUUACAGCUUCAAAAAGAUUACCGCGAACAAGAAGGAUGUAACUUACCUUAUAGAAGUUUAGGCUUUAGUUCAGUCAUUGAACUGCUUCAAAAUAUAACUGAUGUUGUAAUUGUCCCUCCAAAUCCAAAUGAAUCAUCUAUGUUAUCUCUUGUCGUUGGUGAUAAGACCAACCAUUUAAGAAUGCUUAUUACUAAGCAAAGACCAAAUAAUAAAAGGAAGAAGGCAAAAUCAAACACGAAUAGUCAAAGAACACAUAAUAAUUAUAAUGGAAAGAACAAUUAUUCUAAAUGUAACCCUUACAAUAAAAUGAUGCAGACUAAUACCAACAAUUAUACAAACAACAAAUCUCAAAAUACUAGACGUGACUUUCAUAGAUCCAAUAAUUCUUCUAUAAGCUAUAAUCAAUUAAGCCAGUCAUGUUCAUCAUUUAGUAAAAGUUAUUCUGGUUUGAAUGGAAAUGGUUUUAACCAAAAUGCAAUUUCCAGUACUGGUUAUGUGACAGAUGAAUUACGUUCUUAUAUAGAAAGAUACAUACUUGCAAAACAAACGCCAAUAACUGUAGAUGAAUUAAAGAAAAUAGUAAAAGAUCAUCCUGACUAUUUGAUUAUGAAUGUAAAGAGUAUGCAAGAUUUAAAAAAUCGAGUGGGUGGUUUUUUAAAUAUAAAUGAUACAAGUGUUUCUUUAAAAAAUGCUCAUCAUUUUAAUACUAAUAUACCCAUUAUAGACCGCGAUACAGAUACACAAAUUAAGCCUUCAAAACCAUCUGAUGCUAAAAAUGUGAUAAAUUCAAGACUAUAUGAAUGUAAUGAUACAAAUAUAGUGUCUGAAUUGUAUACGCGUUUAAUAGAUAAUCAAGUUGAAGAAGAUACACCUCAUAGUCAUAAAAAUGUUAGUAAUUAUGAAAUGAAUAGUAAAAAAAAUAGAUCGAUUGAAAAUUCAACUGAAUUUAUAAACAUGUGUAAAAAUCAAAGUAUGAUGAGAACACUUCAAAGUGAUUUCAAUAGUGCAGAUAUAAACUCUGAUAUUGCUAAAACUAAUUUAAGAAAAAAUAUUGAAUAUGUAAAAAACCAAUCGGAAAGUAGAAAAAAUAAAAAUGCUGAUUCAAGACUUUUCAAUGAAAAUAAAUCUCAGUUGUGUUCUAUUACUAUGAAUGGUGAUAAUUUUUCAAACAAUUCAAAUUCAUUUUUACAUUCUACUCCAAAGAAAAAUAAUAAUUACAUAGACAAAAUAACAUUGAAUGGAAACCAAUGUAUUCCUGAAUUAGUAAGGUUAAACAUUGCGAGAAUAUUCAAGGAGUACUAUAAUGGUGUAAAUAUUGAGAAUUUUAAGUUAAUUUAUACUAAACUGUACCAUACUAUUUUAAAUCCAAUUGAUUUUGGUUUUACAUCUAUCAAACAAAUGUUAAAUGUAUUUGAACAAAUUAUUGAAGUACGAAAUAAUGUAUUGUACACAAAAAAUGAGUUUAAAUUGUAUGCAAAUAUGGAUUUAGAAAAUAACAAUAAAUGUUUGCUCCAAAAUAUUGAUUUAAGUUUUGAAACAAUCUGUACAAACAUAGAUCAGCCAAAAUUGUCUAUUCACGACAAUAUAAAAAUGCUGUUGGUUGAAACAUAUAAUCCAAGUUUAUUUUAUUUACAAUUGCAACAUAGGAUAGAGGAACUUGACCGUUUAACAAAUGAAAUGCAAAAUGUUUUUGACACUAAAAAUACAAAUUAUUUAGUUAAAUCAGAACAAAUUUUACCAGGUCUAUUUUAUGCGACAUCUUAUACUUCAUUUUCGAACCUUAAACAGUGGUAUAGAGUUAAAGUUUUAAGAGAAGUUAAUUCAACCACUGUUGAAGUAAUUCAUGCAGACUAUGGAACAGUUGAUAAUAUACCUAAGACUGAAUUAAGAUUUUUGAAUUAUAAAUUUUGUAGUUUACCAUGUCAAGCGAUCCAUUGUUGUUUGACUGGUUAUAAUGAACUUGAUUCAAUUGCACCAGAAGUUACUAAAGCAUUUUUAAAAAUCAUUAAUAUUAAUAAGCAGGUUUUGGUUAUGGUUGAUCAUCAUUUUAUAUUGAACUAUAUGGCAUUUGAAUCGUUGAGGAAAUCGACUUCACAAUCACUUUUAUCAAACGAGACAGUUUACGAUGCUACUGCAAGUUAUCCAAUUCUUCGCAGUUGUCUCGAUAAUUUUAUUAUUCAACUUAUAAGUAUAAGUUACAAGUAGGUAUUUAAUUUGUUUUAUUUCUUUUUAGUGUAUGUUUCAUCAUGCUCAACUAUUUGUACAUGUACUUUAUUAGCUGAUGAACUAUUAUUUUCUUUAAGUUUUUACUGAGGUAACGGUGGUCUUUCAGUUGACCAAUGUUUGUUGCGGUCACAUUUUUUAAUGUAAAUUAUAACCACGCGUACACGUAUUGAAAAUAUAAAAAUAAUAUGGAACCCAUUUCAUACUUGUUAAAAAGAUAAAAAUAAUUGUCGUAGGUUUCGCCCACCCAUGUACUCUCGAUAAUGUACGCGUGCUUAUAAUAAUCCACCCCUCUCCCACACUCUAAAAUUAACCAUUGUUUAUACUGCCAUUAUUUCGUCGUCAACGCCGUGUAUAACAUGUAUUUUAUAUGCGUGUACGAUUUAUUCGCAACGUAAAUACAGCUAUUGUUUGUUCGAGAUUUAUGUCUACGAAAAAUAACACAAUAACGUUCGCAUGUUUUUUAAAAACAAAAACGGUUAAUGUAUUAUAGCAGGAUCAUGUUUUCUUGCGCCAGUGUAUAUCCAUACUAUAAUAGUAUAAACCUGCCAUAUAACUGCCUCCAUGUGCAAUGUACGGGACCACCGGUAUAUUAUAUUAUUCGCACUUGCCGUAGAACACAAUAAUAUUAUGCAGGUACCUGCUAUUAC